CAACAGGAGGCAGGCUCGAAAGGAAAUCGAAAGAGAAAGAAAUUUGCUCUGAUUUUCCUUUCCUGUGUUAGGGAGAGACUCCACCCUCUGCCUCGUUCCCUUCUCUGUUUCCAGCCCGUGUCUGUGAACUUUCUGAUUAUUUGCACUUUGCUGUGUGAUUUCCCAGGUCUGUAGCUGUCCGCAAAGGAGCGGGGCGGGGGUGUGGGAGGAGUUGUAAGCGUUAGUGCUCGGAGCCUCCCCGCGGACAAUGUGGGGAGACGAAGACUAUGAUUCCACUUGGGCAGAGAGCGAAGGCGAACCUGAGCCCGAGUCAGCAGCGAGCUCCCCGAAAACUCAACAAAAACGAACGGUGCCCCGGAAGAACCGACCAGAAACUGGCCCAAGACCUGAGAAGCGAAACUAUCCGAAAUAUGACUCGGCCCAUCGCUGGCGAAAUUGGAGAGCAGCAAAGGACCUGCAGCGCUAUCGGCAUGGUUACCCUGAUUUGGAUGAUAAAGCAAAGAAUAAUGAUAACACUAACUUCAAGUUCUACAUGAAUCAGAAAGCCUCUCAGCCUGAUGGAUGGACCAUUGAGGAGAUAAUUCAGAAGUGGAAGGGAAAAUAUGUACUUUUGGAGAGGAGCCAUUCGUACAUCCAAUGGCUGUUCCCAUUGAGAGAACCUGGAAUGAAUUGUUAUGCUAAGGAGCUCACAAGACAAGAAAUUGAGCUAUUCAAAAAUUCUAAAGAUGCAACUUGGAGACUGAUUAAAGCGUAUGAGAUAAUGCUGGAUUUUUAUGGCAUUAAAUUAGUAAAUCGGAAAACAGGAGCAGUGAAACGAGCCCUUCACUGGAAAGAGCGAUUCAACAACCUCAAUCUACGCACACACAAUAAUCUCCGCAUCACUCGAAUACUGAAGUGCCUUGGAGAGAUGGGCUUUGAACACUAUCAGCCCCCAUUGGUGAAGUUUUUCCUAACUCAAACACUGGUUCAUAACCAGUUGCCCAAUGUUAGAGAGAGUGUCUUGGACUACUUUCUUUAUACCAUUCGAAGUAAAUCUGAGAGAAGAAAGUUGAUAGUAUAUGCCCAGAAGCAUUAUCGGCCAAGAGCAGACUUCGUCUGGGGUCCUCCCAAGGAAAUAGAACACCGGUUUAGGCAUAUUCAUGAAGAACUCAAUAAGGAAGAAGAAGAAACAAUGAGUGAGGAAACAUCAGAUGAAGACACGUUGGCGAAAGGUGAAGAAAGUAGUUGCUUGCCAUCAGAUGAGGGCCACGUCUCAAAGCAGAGACGUCUAAUGAAACAGAGGCCUUCAGAUUCUCAGGAGAGGAAGACAGUGUGUCAGAAAGACACAGAGGAGACCUCGGAGUAUCAAGUAGAAGCUGAAAAUCCUGAUGCGCCCAUAAGUCAGGAGAGGUGUAGCACUGAAGAGAAGAGUGAUGGCGACGAAAACAAGUGCAAUGAAAAUAUUGAAAAGCAAACUGAAGGUGUGGAAGCGAUUGCUGUGCAAAAUAUUAAACCGAAUGCUGAAGACUCAGUGCAAGAUAUUGAAGGGGCUGAGAACGGCCAAACUGAACAUGAAAGAAUGGAAGGUGAUGUGGGAACACAAAAAAUAGAAGGUGAAGCUACUUGCCAAACAGGAAAGGAAAUGUUAGUGCAUUCAAGGGAAGCAGAAAUGCCGGUUAUGGAAGGGAAAGUCAUAAAGAAAACAGCAGAAGAGGGGGUUGAUGAGAUGGCUGAGCCAGGGCAAGUGAGCACUGAAGCAGAUAGUCCUGUAAUUGAAGGAAGUCAAACUGGCAAUACAUCAAAGGAAGAGCUAGAUGAUGUAGCUAAACUAGAAGUGAUUACCAAAGAAGCUGAUAAAUCUACAAAAGAAGUAACAGCAAUUAGCAAUUUAGAACAGAAAAAUGUGUUGGCUGAAUUAAAAAUUCAUGAAGGUCAAGGCGAUUCUGAAAGGAUGAUCCCACACUCUGGUAAAGAUGAAAGUGAGUGCACAGAAGAAAUGGAAAUACAAGAAGUGGGACAGCUAGAAGCUGGAAAAGACCCUGUAGGGAAAAGUGUGGAAAUGGAAAUGGAAGCUAGUAAGUGUGCUGGAGAGGAUGGAGAUGUAGAAAUGGAAGAUUGAGUUGUUUGUUGGCAAUUUUAGCAGUGUGGCAGCUCAUUGCUUUACAAGACAGCAGGCUAGAGAAUCAUUUUAGGAUACUACUUUUGAAGAAGAACCCCAAGCUUACCCUCAAAUGCAGAGUUCCAAACAAAUGGAUUUCACUAGGCAGUAGCGUUGGGGAUUGGGAGACAGAAAUACCUCGCGUGGCUACCAUAGACCUCUCAAUGCCAGAUACUAAAUUGUAUUUAGAGGCUGGUGUGUGCAUGUGUAUAUUUAAUACUUACAUUUUUAAAUAAAGUGCUGAUAGAAGAUGAAGUUAACUAACAUUUUGUGGCUGAUUCUAGCUCUUGUCCUUUGGGUCUGUUUAUAUAGUGCCCAUAAAGGGAGUGGAGUGAGAAAGAGAACAUCAGGUAACCUUUGUUAGUUUAUUCAUCUGGUAUUUAAAUAGCCCCUUUUUAGUUAGGUUUCAUAAGGAGUGUGUUAUCGAAUGGAGUUUCACACUGUGACACAGCAAGAGAUAUGAGAUUGAACAAUCAGAAACUUAGCCAGUGGUAGGUUUUACGGGGUGUCUUGGUGAGAGUGAGUGACCUUCAAGGAGGAAUUGUGAAGCUUGUGAUAGAAACAAGUGUUCUUAAUCUCAAGAAGCUAUUGUCCGGGAAGGCAAAGAGAGAGGCCGUGCAGCUGCACAGACUAAGUCCUCUAACUGUGCUGAUCACCUGUUCUCUGCAGUUAGGAGUAGGAGACUAGUCUAAUAUACCUGGUGCCCAAAAUACAUUUAAAUGUUGGAAUGAGCAUCAUUCUGGUUGUUCUGAAGUGCCAACAAAGCUUCCAUCUAGUGAAAAUAAAUGAUGUUUAUACAAUGCUACAGUGUAGGGUCCUAGUCUCUGUUCUGCUCACUGGGCUCCUUGUGUAUUACAGACCUGUUGUAGGACAUCUUUAUCCUACUCUGAGGAAAGAAUAGGAAUAGGAGGUGGCCAUUCAGCCCAUUUUGAGUCUGCUCUGCCAUUCUAUAAGAUCAUGGCUGAUCUGGUUAUUCCACAUGUGAGAAUCACACUUGGCAGAAACAAAUGAACAAGACAAACUUUGAAAACUGAAAUUUUAGUUCUGAACGUACAGACGUGGUGCUUAUUCAGACGUGAAACAUCCUUGAAAAAUAUUGCCUGAAUCUUCAUUCUGUGUGCACACAAAGCUCAGUUUGACUUCAUCGUGCCUGCCAAUUCUAUGAUUCUAAAUCAAAUGUAGAAAAAGUACCAUUAGGGAGUAGGACUAGAGAUCCAGAAACUACCUUUCAACCUAUUUUUGUUUGCCUGUUUGAUUCAAGUGAAUUUUGUUAUGUUCAGAAUUGUUAUUAUUAAAUGUUUUAUUUGAUUCCA